UCAGAGCCGCGCGUUGGAGACUCGGCGGAGGAGCGUUAGGCCCGGGCGCUCACUCAUGAGGAGCAGGAAGCUCACAGGUGGAGUGCGAGCCUCAGCGCGCCUUCGGGCCCGAAGUUACUCUUCAGCCAGCUUGGCCUCUGCCAGAGACGCCACCAGCUCCACGUCUGCCAAAACAACAUGUCUGGCUUCCUCAUCACACAAGGCUACGGACAGACGGACUUCCAAAAAGUUCAAGCAUGACAAAGGUCACCUUGUGAAGGCAGAAUUACAAAGAGUUGACCCGAAGAGUGACAUUUCUUCUUUGCCAAAAGUGGUCCCUGUGGCCCCUUGUGAAAAUAGGCUUGCAGAGGACAGUGCGGAGGCUGCUGUUGCUGCACCGGAGAGCAGAGCGCCUCCUCAGGGCUGCUCCAAGCCUGUGAGUGAGGAGCCCUCAGCAAAGGUUGAAAAUGGCCUGCCCAUAGAACCCAGCAGUGUUGCUGCAGCUCAGGAGCCUGAUGACAGUUCUGCCAGACAGGCAGAGCCUGUGCCCAGGACAGAGGAGGUGCGGGCAUCUGUGCUUCAGAUGGACAGCAGUGUCUUUCUAGAUGAUGACAGCAACCAGCCCAUGCCUGUGAGUCGCUUCUUCGGGAAUGUUGAGCUUAUGCAGGAUCUGCCACCAGCCUCUUCGUCUUGUCCUUCCAUGAGCAGACGAGAAUUCAGAAAAAUGCACUUCAGAGCCAAAGAUGACGAGGACGACGCCGAGGGGUAGAGCAGCGGGGACUGUGCCGCCAGCUUAAGAUUCUGUAUGGCAUCAAGAGGACACCCUCUUAACUGAGCGCAGAUUUGACAUGAAUGUCACUGGUACAGACGCCCAGACACACUGCCGCUGUCACUGCUGUGCGCACAUCUCCUUCCAGACACACCACGCUGGCACGGGGUCUGGGCAGUGGGAACAAGGAGAAUUCCCUGAGCGCUUUGGUGUUUGGUAACAAGCUUACUUUCCAUGCCAAACUGACCACUGGAGAUGAGUUCUGUUUCUUCUGGAAGGACUCCUGUUUGUGAGUGAAGCUAACCAUUUUACCCUGUAGUUUUUGCAAAGUAUAUAUGAGAAGGAAAUAAAAUAUAUUUUGAAAAUACUUUUAAGGAAA